UUUUUAAUGGACAGACAAUACUUGAAGUAGAAUAUAUGGAGCCUUUAGCUGAAUUUGAGGGAUCUUCAGCAAAAGGAGUUAAAAAAAUUUGUGUCAAAACUGAUUUAAACAAAGCUAAGGAAACUAUACAAGGGCGUUUAACAGAAAUUUAUUUUAAAGAAGCUACAGCCUGGUCUCUUAUUACAGGCUAUAAAAAUGAUGAGGAUUUUCAAAAUACUAUCAAUGAAGUUUGCGAACACUUUCUGGACACUCAAACCGAAUUAAUAGAACAACUUAAAAAUGAAAAAUUUGAUCUUUUUAUUGGAGAACAAAUUAAUUUUUGUGGGUCAGCAUUGAGUUAUUUGUUUGGAAUUCCAAUUCAUAUACUUUUAGUUAGCUGUCCAAUCCAAGAACACGUUUCUUCACUUGUUGGAAUGCCUUUCCCAGCUAGCUAUGUUCCUUCAAUUUAUGGAGUUCCUAUGAGUGAUAAAAUGUCUAUAAACCAAAGAUUUAGUAAUUUAGUAGCUACAUUUGUGCAUGAAAGGGCUUUUUAUUAUGGGAUUGAGGAAUUGAAUGAAUUAUUUAGGCGAAGAUUUGGAUCAAAUUAUCCAACAAUACAAAAUAUAGUGAAAGAAACACCAUUAGUAUUUGUUAAUGUAGACGAAUUUGUAGACUUUCCCCGUCCAAUAAAUCCAAAUGUUGUGUAUAUUGGAGGUUUAGGCUUUAAUAAAAUAUCAACAAAAACAACAACAAAUUUAAAAGAGCCUUACUUAACUGAAAUAAAAAAAGGAAAGGGAACAAUUUAUUUUUCUUUGGGCUCGUUAUUAAAUACUUUUACUUUACCUAAUAAUUUUAUUAAAAAUUUAUUUGCUGCGUUUGGAAGUUUAAAAGAAUGGCAUUUUAUUGUUAAAAUCAGUGAAGGUGAUGAACAUAGUUUAGAAAUGUCGAAAAAUUAUUCUAAUGUUCUUUUGACGAGUUGGGCACCGCAGAGAGCGAUUUUAGAACAUCCAAACACCAAAUUAUUUAUUAGUCAUGGUGGUUAUAACAGUUUAAUGGAAGCAGCAUUGUCUGCAACUCCAAUAAUUAGUUUUGGAUUUUUUGCAGAACAAAGACGGAAUAGCUUAGUUCCCGAAAGGAAUGGAUGGGGGAAAAGUUUUAACAAAGCACUUUUGUUAAAUGGAAAGGAGGAAUUUGUGGAGGUUAUUCAAACAAUUUUGAAUGACCCUAAAUAUGCUGAAGAGGCUAAAAGAUUGACCUUUCUCUGCCAGAGAAAAAUUGAUAAAAAAUAUUCGCUUUUUGGAGCAAAAUGGAGGUUAUUUACCAGAAUUACUGUCUGAAGCAAGAAAUUUAAGUGUU